AUGCCUAACCCGAACAAGGACAAGGAUGCCCGCCUGGAGCGCCAUAGUGCCGGUGGACCCAGCACCCACGCAUACGGGGCGGGCGAGAAGAAGGGAGGGGGAGGAAAAGCCAACUGGGGUAAGUGAGCAAUCUCAUCUCACACACAGGGAGAGGGAGAAGCCGAGAUGGGUGGUUGCGGGUGGGGUGGUCAGCCAGAGGGAACAGAGAGCUUAGAGAGCUGCUGCGAGGGCCUCGCAUUCCUGUCGAUGCAGCUCCUCACAUAUCGCUUGUUUUGUCCCUGCCUGCGGCUGCUCUGUGUGUGAUGGUAUGGUCUGGUGUUGCCAGGCAAGGAGGAGGAGGCUGAGCGCGACCCAGCUCCCCCGGCCAUCGACCCCAAGGACCCUAACUACGACUCGGGAUCAGAAGAGAACAAGGAAACCGCCAACAAGGUGGGUGACGCACUGACUAAUGAAUGCACCACAGAGCACACCACGCACGCCACACAAUGGUGGCCUGUCGUGUUUGUUGUGUGCAGU